AUUCUUGUCCCGAAUUUACCUUAUGUGUAGUUACUUGAACAUCACCUUGAAUCUCAACCUCUAGCAUGCCCCCUGAAUAUUCUUUAGAAUUUGAUUGACUGGUUGAUAAAAUUGAAGUUGACUUGAUGAUAUAUCCGUAUAUGAAACUCUCCAACUAUAAUAUGUUGGUAACUCAUAUAUACGAAAAAUGAACUGAUCAAGUGAUAUUAUAGUAAAAUUCAACCUGGAGCUCUCAGAUUCAGAUAUCUUAAGUAAUCAUCAACAUUGAAAACAAACAUGUAUCAUCAUUAUAAUAAAAUAAAAAAUGGUACCCAUAUAAAAACGGCCAUUCAAUUUUAACCCUAGUACUUUUGGUACUCCAUAUCUCAUUUACUUAAAAAUUAAACUAUAUUAUACACAUACAUACAUUUGAGCAAUGAAAAUAAUUAAAAUAUUUGGAAAAAACCAUACUUAAUUUAAAUGCACUAAUGAUGCUAAUCAAUGAGAAUCCUUUGACCCCAUCACACUAUCAUAAUUUUAUAUAUUCCAAAACAAAAAUUCAGAGCUCAGGGCAUGGUAUGGUGUGUAUAUUAUAUUCAUCUUAAGAUAAGAUAUUACAUUAAUUAAUUGACUCUGCUUAACUAGAUUUUGAUCUCAAAACACAAAAUAUUUAUAUCUUAGUUACGUUGGCUCAAUAUUUCAAUUAUUAAUAAGCUAGCUAAGGAUAACAAGCAUCUUAUUCACGCGCUACGAGUAGAAGGGGGGAAUCUCGAUGUCAAUAUCUAAUUGACAUUGUUAUUAAUUACUUUCUUAAUCGUAAUGGCCAACCUCUAAUCUUUCUCUAAACAAAUGAGCAUCAAGGAACAUGUAUGUACACUAAGUUGAUAAUUAACAAAGAGUUAGCAAAAGAUGAUUUAAAACCCUUUAGUUUUCUCAUUUCUUUUGAGAAACCUAACCACUUUAUAGUAAUGGAUGACAGUACCCGGUCAGAUCCUCUAUAAAAUCAUUAAUAAUGUCAGAGGUUUUGUGUUCGAGCAAUCUUAGUAAUGAAGUUUUUCUUUCGAACGAGUGUUCAUCCCAGUUAAACCGGUGAAGUGUGGCUGAUCAUUACAUGGUGUGGUGCAGAAGUAAUUUGCGGUGCGAACAACAAAUGAGAUUUGAUGCGAGCAUAUGGUAUGAUAUGAUUAUGGAUAAAAAAAAUUCAAUGAUACUAAUAUGAAACAAACAAAUGAGUUCAUAAUAGACGUGUAAAUAAUAUUGUAUAUUAUUAUAUUGUAAAAUGAGCCUCUUGAGUACUUAAAACAGCCAAAAACCAAUUGUUUUCACCAGAUGCAAAGGCAAAAGGAUAGCAACAAAACCAUAUUAAACAAAUGAAAAACCAAAACAAAUGUUGUUAAAAACUUUUCAAAGCUUGUGUGUAUUGUAUUGGACUGCAUUUUCAAGUAGUCUUUUGUCUCCUCUUGAUUUCUUCCCUUUCUUUUCCCACUACUCUCUCCUCCUUCCUUCUCCCCCUUUUCCUCUACACUCCUCCCAUGGCUUUCUUGAGCUCCCAACUUUCCCUUUCCUUAUAUUAAAAGUCUUCAACACAUAGUUUAUCAAACAAUCCAAUCCCCCAAUAAAAAAUCUCAUCAAUAGCCCAAAAACAAAGGCAAGAUAUUCACUUCAAUCUUGUUCUUGCCCUCUCUUCUUUCCCACCCCUUAAUUUUUAUUUGGGUUAUUAAAAUCUUUCUUACCCUUUUAGUACUCUCUUUUUUUAAUCAUCUUCUUCAAGCUUUUGAUGCUCUUGUCCUCAUGGCCGGUCUGGAUUUAGGCACAACUCCUCGUUUCAUCCACCACCAGCUCCACCACCACCCACCCGAUCUCCACCUCCAGAACACCUCCUCCGUGAACGAUAGUCCCCACCAUCAACACCACUACCUGCACGAUCUGAAUCGUGUAGGUGGUGGUGCUGGAGACUACGGACUAGUCUUACAGGCUGGUGGGGGUGGUGGUGGUGGUCUGUCCUUCCUAACCGAGACCGACCACCACCAGCAUCAUCCUCGCCCUGACGACGAGGAUGGCGGGGACGACGAGCCUCCACAGGGGAGCCACGGCGGCGUCGUGGCUACAAGGAGGCCACGUGGCAGGCCGCCCGGGUCGAAGAACAAGCCGAAGCCGCCGGUGAUCAUCACGAGGGAGAGCGCCAACACCCUCCGAGCCCACAUCCUCGAGGUCGGCAGCGGGUGCGACGUGUUCGAGUGCGUGGCCAGCUACGCCCGGCGGCGGCAGCGCGGGAUCUGCGUGCUGAGCGGGGCCGGGACGGUGACGAACGUCAGCAUCCGUCAGCCGGCGGCUGUACCGGCCUCGGAGGCGGGGAUCGGGAAGCUCCACGGGACUUUCGAGAUCCUGUCGCUGUCCGGGUCGUUCCUGCCGCCUCCGGCGCCUCCCGGAGCGACCAGCCUGGCGAUCCUGCUGGCCGGAGGGCAGGGGCAGGUCGUCGGCGGGACGGUGGUCGGCGAGCUGAUCGCGGCCGGGCCGGUCAUCGUCAUCGCGGCUUCUUUCACCAACGUGGCUUACGAGCGGCUGCCGUUGGAGGAGGAAGAGGAGGACGGUGGUGGAGCUGCGGCGGCAGGGUUGCCUUUCCUUAACUUGCCGGUGGAGGGAUGGAGUGGCGGCGAGGGAAGAGCUCCGUAUUGAUGAAUUUUAUGUGUCUGUGUGUGCGUGUGAAAAUUUGGUCCUAAAAGGUCAGCCCAAGUUUUAGUUUGGAAAGUCGUUUCUUCUUCUUCUUCUUCUUCUUCUUCUUCUUCUUCUUUCUCCAUCUGCAAAUUGCUAAGUGGUUAUGGUUUGAUUUAGUUAGGGUUUAGAGAAUUUCUGAUUCCUCUUUUUUGUUGGGGGUAUUUGGAGUACUCCUUGUGAAAAAAAAUUAAGGCUAGUCUGAUUUCGUUGGAACGUUGAGAUACUCUGAUUCGGUAUAAUAAAUAAUUAUCGUUGAAUUUGUGAUUUCGAUCGAAACAUCUGUAUCGUUGAAUUUGUGAUUUCGAUCGAUACAGAUUUCUCCUUUCUCUUUAUGGUUGCUGAUAUAUGAUGUAUGGCUCUUUUCGAGAACAGCUAGCUCAAGAAAUGAACUAGCUAGCUAGCUAGGGUUUCUGGUUGUUGAGAUUUACUUAAUUAGCAGCAGAAUUUUAGGUUAUGAAUUAUUGGCAGUCUGUCUAUGUAUUACCUUUAAUUCAUGUUUAGGGCUUUCCAUGGUUUUCAGGGAGAGAAUAAAUAUUGUCAGAUUUGAUGGAAUUGAAGGGGUAAUGUUGGCGUGGGAUUAAUUGCCUAGCUAGCUCCCAUGUUUCUGCAUUAACACAUGAUCAUGUGAUGAGUUUCCAUGUCCAUCAAUGUCCCUUGUCAAGAACCCAGAUUAGAUUUUGAUACCGAGUAAACAUAAUUUCAUACUCGAUCCUUCCGAUCUCGUAUAAUAUUGACUGGAUUUUAGCUUCAAAGGGUUGAUCUAGUGAGAAUUGGAUGAAAAAAAAAAUGAGAAUUAGAAUGUUAAAGGAGAAUAUCACCGACGAUAGUAAAAAUGAAAAGACUGCAAUUAUGUUUUUUUUAAGUAGUUUCCUCCCUUUUGAUAUAGGGAUGGGGAGAAAAAUAUACUGCUCUUGCUCUGUUGCAACUACAUAUUAAAGUUUGGAUCAAAAGGUUAUUACCUAGUUAAUGAAUAAAAUUAUAUUGUACUUUUCAUGGGAAGUUAGGUAGCUACUUUCAGGAAUGAUAAUCAUCAACAACAACAACAAUAACAAAGGGUAGCUAAAUUUUAUGUUUUUUAAGUCACAUAUAUGUGUUUCAAAUUAACAAUGAUAACACGCAUUUCAUCUACUUUUGGUCUCACAUAUGCUCCAGUAUUAAUGUAUAUUUUGUUAUUCUAGCCUCAACAGAGAUUCUACUUAUCUCAUAUUGGUACAUAACAUUAAGAAAGUCUUUUUUUCUAUCCCAAGUAACUCUCACAAGUUAUUAAAGAAUGGGGUUGCAGGGAAAGGUAUAGAAAAUGAUGAAUUCGAACCUUGAAUCUCCAGAUUAAAUCUAACUGUACUACGCAAAAUCAAACUUUUGUUUGCCACAUUCCAUCUUGUCUUUGCGAACGAAUGAGUUGAUUCAUAAGGUGAUGAACUGUUACAAGAUAGGUAGCUAUCAUCUUAGAUAGCUAUUACAUGCAUGAAAGUGGCUCAUUCCCUAUUUGCACAUAUUCUAAACACAUAUAUGGUUUUUGGGUAGUUGUUAAUUUAAUAAAAAAAAUUCAGUUUUGCAACAUAUAUUCUAUAUACCUGGCUGAGUUUAUUAAUGUAUGCUGUCAAAUGUACUUACAUAUCAUAUGGUUGGUUAAUAAUUAAUUAAUAAGCUAUGAAAGGUUGAGUUUUUUAGCAUAUAAUUAAAUAAGGACCAUAGAUUGGUUGUACGUUUUCCUCUUUGGUUUAAUACUUAAUAACAUGUAUAAAAAGUAUAAUUUAGACCAUAUUUAUCUACCGGUUGCGUAUGGACUACCGUUCUUCAUUAUUGUCAGUUUUAUAUUGUUGUUGUACGACCAUUCCUUAUGGACUUAUCUUGGAUAAAAAAAAACGUGUCUAAUUUACAGUUUCUUUGUGUAUAUAAUAUAACAAUAUUAUGGUGUAAUCGUAAGGGAUUUGACCUAAUGAUUAUGUAGGUAACUAGAAACUUGGCCAAUAAUCAUAGAAAUGUAUACUAUAGAAUCAAAUGGCUAAAUAUAGAUAGGCCAAUGAGUUAAGACAGACGGGAGUUACCUAAAGGUAGUUAGACAUUGGUCCGGGUGACUGAACAUUUCCAAAAAAAGCCUAGUUAGUGAAGCUUUGUUAUAGACAUAUUAGUCGGUUCGAUUUUGUUAUAACCCUAACUAUUCAUCCGGUUAUCAAUUAACCAUUAACCAAUUUAUGCUUACAAGUUACAACUAACUGUAUAGUUUAUGUUGGUCGGUUAAUCAACUAACUGAUUAACAAGUGAUUCAUAGUUGUUAGUCCGAAAUAAUUUAUCGAUUAUCUGGUAGUUUUUGAAAAUCUCUCUUAUCGGAAUCUUUCGCUCUACCACCAUCACCUCCAACGCACAAAUGCAAAAGAUUAGCUCAGUUUUGACUCUGCACCCACUACAUUUUAGAGACGGGAUUGAGAGGUUUCGAUGUGGAGGUAGGUUAGAAUUUGAUUGGUGGCCCGGUCUUUGGAGAGAGGUACGUAGCAUUAGGGAUUUGAGUUUGAUUUGUUAUUCCUAUUGGGACUGAGAGAAGGAAGCGAAGAGAGGAAUGAGAAGGGUGAUAAGUUUGAACCGGUGAGGGAAGCUAUUGAUGGAAUAAAUUGUUGUGUGGUUUUUUCAAUCUUUCCUCCAACGGAAGCCACUGAUCUUCUCAACCCAACCUUUAUGCCUACAUUGCAAUCGAAAAAGUUUGUGAUGCUAUUUGCCUCUUUCAAUUUUAGGGUUCACACAUGGAUUAAAUUGGAAAAAGAAGAAGCUCGGGUCCGAAUGAGGAAGAGAUUGUUCAGUCAAAGCUAGAGAGUUUUUUUUUUGGGAGGGACAUACCCUUUUGCACAUAUAAACAUAUAUAUUUACACUUAAUUAGUUGUUAGUUUAUUAGUCGUUAACUGGGUAUUUGAUUCAAGAUUUAAUCAAAAGUCAUUUCAAUCUAUCGAUAAUAACAUCACUAAUUUAUAAUCGGUUAAUGCUAAUAUAGCUAUUGUCGAUAAUCAGUUAGUUUAAUGAUGUAAUUGUCAAUCUGCUGAUAUCACCCCGACUUUGCUAUGUGAAUUUUGGUACAAAAUUUCCCCACUUUGGCAAGGAUUGUUUGAAAUCCUUGUAACCUCAAAGAUUAUUUUGGUUUAUGAUGCCAAUCGUUGAAGGGAAGAUUCUGGAAGAAAUAUAGGAAACUAUAAUGUAAUAAAGAAGUUUUAAGGAAACAUAAAAAUAGGGGGAAAAGACAAAGCAAAUGAAAAGGGAAAUGUUUUUCUAUUAACAAAAUAAUAAGUAUAUAUAUGUGGUGCGGGAAUCAUUAAUCAACCAAGGGUACGUUGAUUAAUGACCGGGUCUUAUGCUGCCUUUAAUAAUUAGUCUAUUAAAUU